GACCAUCAUCACCACUACCUUUCAGUCCGAAAUUGAAGGGUGGCCCCUGUCACUGGCUCUAGGUCACUGGGUAUACUGGAAUGGCAGGGAAAACAUUAUGAUUCCCCUCGCCUCUUCUCCCGGUGCCAGGUGGCCAUCUAGGUCCAGGCAAUGCUGGCAUUUGGCAUAUCUUAUUUGCCGACUCCCAACCUCUCGAAACCGAGACAGAGAGCUAGCAGCCUGUUACGGCCUUUCCUUCCCAUUUCACUUCUCUCUUUCUUUCUCGGUUGUUUUAUUUCCUAGGUCUGGGGAAUGGGAAAAGGUCCUCCUUCAUCGCAUCGAAUGGUGCUCUUCUUAUCAGGGCUUCAGGCGUUCUUCAGGGUUCUACAAAUCCGUCUGUAACUAUCUAAGCAAGGCACGAGUCACCCCGGGGAAAAAAGGGGUGGGUCGGAGGGGGGGAAGAAGGGUCCUUAUGGCUGGCGAGGGAGGCGUUGUUAUCCUUUUCUUUUUCCUUUUAUCUUUCCUGCGAUUGUCGGCUGCGUCUAUUGGGAAGGUAUGCGUUGAAAAAGCUUUGAUAGGUCUCGGCUCAGGGGUUGAGCACGGUGGUUAUCUACCUAUCUUGCCAUAUCUUGGUGCUCAAAACUCCAUGGAACUCGAUGCUCUUUGACUCUGUAAUUCUGAUUGAUUCUUGACGGGGAAGGUGAACCUUUUAGCCUGGUGGCAGGAGAGGAGACUUAUAGGUUUUUAAAAAGCUUCGUCGGGUGUGGCAUUUCUAUCGCGAUUGUCUUCCUAUCUAUGGGCUAGACUGUCAUGCCAGCAGAUACAAAGCAAGGGUCUUGCUGGCGAACAUGUAAAAUGUAUGGAUGUAUACUGUUAGGGUGCAUCUCAAAGGUUUA